AUGGAUAAGGAAAUAAUAGACCUCACAUUGAGUGAUGAUGAAGCAGAUGAACCUACACCUUCGACAAAAGAAGAACGCGAAUUGGCAGAACGAGUCGACGCAGUGCAAUAUCCGUUAUUGUCGCCAGUCGAUUCUGAAUUAAUAGAGGAAGCAAUUUUAUUAAGAAAUCAAAGCCAGGAAGCAAUUAUGUUCAAAUUAAGACAACAAAGCCAACCUAAAAAAUAA